UUUGUGACGAACUAGAUGCACCUAAAGAAGAAAUUAUUACAACAAUUCAACCAAAACUUACAAAUAAAAAGCUUCAAUUACCCAAUCUUCCAUCAAUUCUUUCAACUGCUAUUAACCUAUCAUACCUUAAGAAAGCUGCACCUAAACAUGAAAGUGUAUGGAAAGAUAAACAUGAUAAAGCUCGUAAAUAUCUAUCAGACCAAAUAGGAGAUGAAGAUGCCGAGAAAGAACUUUUAGACUGCGCAGACGAUUAUGUAAUUGAUAAUUGUAUUAAGAAGGUGAUUAAAGAUAAAAAGAGAAUUGCAGUCGCAACGGUACAAGAGUCUGCCACACCUGAAAAAUGCGAUGACAUAGUGUCUAAGCAAAAUAAUGAUGGAUCUUUUGAAGUUAGCGAAACAAUUUGUAAAGAAAUAGACGUCCCAGUUACCAAUGUAGUAACUGAAGUGAAAAAAUGUACACAAAAUCCAAAACUUAGAUCUCCAAAAUCAGAACCAUGGUGGAAGACAGCACUCGCUACUAGCUACCUUAAUAUCGCCGCACCACAUCAUAAAAAACAAUGGGAAGAUAAACAUGAUAAAGCUCGUAAAUACCUUUCUGAUCAAAUUGGAGAUGCUGAUGCUGAAAAAGAAUUGUUAGAUUGCACUGAUAAAUAUAUCAUUGAAAACAUUACUAAAAAGGUUGACAAAGAUCAUAAGAAAGAAGCUGCAAUUGCUGUUGUUCAAGAAUCAGCUUCUCCAGAUAAACAUAAAGAAAUUGUAUCUAAACAAAAAGACGAUGGCAGCAUUGAAAUUGAUGAUUCAGUAUGUAAGGAAUUGCAUGCUCCUAAAGAAGAAAUUAUUGAUACAAUUAAAGAGAACAUUACUAAUCCGAAACUCAAAUUACCCGAGUUUUCAUCAAGUCUUGCAACUGCUAUUAACCUCUCAUACCUAAAAAAUGCAGCGGAUAAAUAUAAAGGUGAUUGGGUAGAUAACUAUAACAAAGCUCGUGACUACCUUUCCAAACAAAUUGGUGACGCUGAUGCUGAAAAAGAAUUAUUGGAUUGCGCUGACGAGUAUGUAGUCGAUAAAACUACAGAUAAAGUGAUUAAGGAAAAGAAACGAGAU